AUGCGUCUGGUACUCCUUCUCCUAAGCCUGGGAUGGCUCACACUCACAUCGGCAGCGCAUCUUCCUUAUCACCGCCACAAGACCACGGAAUAUAACGCGCUUAAGCCUCGCGAUACGACUUACCGCAAUGUUGCUUACUUUACUUACUGGGGCUCUCUAACCCCUGCGGAACUUCCCUGGACGAGUCUGACCCAUGUUUUAUACGCCUUUCUCGACGUCGAUCCGGAGACCGGAACGAUCAAGACGACAUACACUGACACAACCUUUCUCACACAGCUUGUCACGCUUGGAAAAACCUACAAUGUGAAGAUUCUUUUGUCUGUGGCUGGCUGGACCUUUACCAGUGAUCUGUCGGCGGGUGUGAAUACCACAGCCAAACAAGAAACAUUUGGUCAAUCUGCCGCGGCCUUGGCCCAGAAUCUCAAUAUUGAUGGAUUUGACAUUGACUGGGAGUUCCCUGCUUCAACUGAUCAGCAUAAUAUGGUGGCUGCCGUAAAGCAACUACGCACAUCCUUGGAUAAUUAUAAAUCCAACCUUGAGAUCUCGAUUAUUGUUCCUUCACGGCAAACAAACUACCAAUAUAUCAAUGUGAAAAAAAUGGAUCAAUAUGUCGACUUCUGGAACCUCAUUGCCUAUGAUUAUUCGGGUUCAUGGUCUGAUUAUACUGCACACGACGCAAACAUCUAUGCGUCGACAACAAAACCAGAAAGCACAACAACGACCGCAGAUUCAGCUGUGACACACUUCCUUGGCCUCCAAGUCUUCAACUCAAACCAAGAGCUAGUUGAUUUCACUCCCAGCAAGCUGGUACUUGGUAUUUCAUUGUCUGGUCGCUCAUUCAAGGGCACUACUAAUGAAAUUGGUAACACAUACUCUGACGGCGUAGGGAACGGUAGUCCUGGUGAGAGCGCUGGCUAUUGGGACUACAAGUACCUGCCACCGACAAACGCACAGGUCAUUACGACUGAUCUACCUUCAAGCGGUGUUGCUAUUGCUCAAGCAACUGGAUCACCCAUUGGAGUCUUCUGUUUCGUUGAAUCGAACUCAACGUUGAUUAGCUAUGAUAAUAAGGAAUCCGUGGAAUGGAAGGCCAAAUAUAUCAAAUACAAGGGCCUCGGCGGAGCAAUGUGGUGGGAAGCCAACAUGGACAAAAUUACUGCAACUGAUACCAGUGAAAGCUUGAUUGUCGCGGGCUACAAUGCGCUAAAUGGCGCCAGUAGCACAUAG